GAAACUGCCUUUUGCUUGCCAGAGCCAGCACCUUUGGGCGGGACAAAGCCCCUGCUGCAGCUCUGCCAGGCAAGGACCACUAGCGCCCAGCUCCCCGCAGCCAGCCGGCUUCUUCAGGGCUCUGGUUAGGGUCAUGGCCAGGCCUGCUCUGGACCCUGCUCUCUGCAGCACAGCCCUGUCUACCUAACCACCCUAAAUCCUCCUCGUCGCUGCAGGGUUUCCUGGCCUUCCCUUUACUCCACCUUCUGCCAGGUCUACCCGUCUGUCCUACAGAGCAGCUUGGUGCCACCGGCUUGGAUGGAUGUGCUGAGGCUGCCCCGGCGUCCUGGGGUCUUGCUUCCGAAGUUGGUUCUGCUCUUUGUCUACGCAGAGGAUUGCCUUGCUCAGUGUGGCAAAGACUGCAGGUCUUACUGCUGCGAUGGAAGUACCCCCUACUGUUGCUCCUACUAUGCCUACAUUGGGAACAUUCUCUCUUCUGAUUCUGGGCAAGAUGGAGGAAAACAUACUCUGCCCCAUGUCGACACCAAAACCGUCUCUCCACCCUGGACAAGGGGCACUGCGAUUGCUGGUAUCGUGUUUGGAAUCGUGUUCAUCAUGGGGGUCAUUGCAGGAAUCGCCAUAUGCAUCUGCAUGUGCAUGAAGAAUAACCGGGGGCCCCGUGUGGGUGUCAUCAGAGCAGCCCACAUCAACGCCAUCUCCUCUUAUCCUGUGGCGCCACCCCCCUACACGUACGACCACGAGAUGGAAUACUGUACAGACUUGCCUCCACCAUACUCUCCGACCCCUCAAGCUUCAGCCCAGCGCUCCCCACCCCCUCCUUAUCCUGGAAAUUCAAGGAAACAUUCCUCCUCCCACAACAGAAUAUGUGCUAAUUAGCAAUUUUUGCCAGAAUGGAAUGCCUUAAUUUAGAAACAUGCCAAACAAAUGGUUGUCUACUGGUUGGGGACAGAUAAUAUCUAGGGCAGAAUGCCCAUGUGGAUGCUAGGGUUCCUACCCUGCUCAGAGCUGACCCUAGGUGGAGAUUUAUGCUUGCUUCUUGGCAGUCACAUAUUAAGGGAUAUACUGGUCUACGCAAGCACGAUCAGAUUAGAGCAGUGCACUUGGCAGGCCAUCUGCUAAUCAUGCGGCGUUAGAACUAGCUGAAGGAUAUUUCAACACUGAACCUGGAAUAAAGAAGAAAAGAGGAUAGUCUGAGUUAUAUCAGGAAGCAAGUGUAUUCCAUAUAGCUUUAGUAGAACAAUAAUUGCUCAUUAUUUUGUUUGUCCACAAAUACGAAUUAAGUGCCUUCAAGUCUAUUCUGUGCCUGCACCAAUAGAGGCACUGGAUAGAAGAAACCAGAAGGAACUUCUGGUUUUAGCACAGGCUUACCUCAUCUUGUUGCACUUUGCCCUUUUGCACUUUUCAGGUGUUGCAUUUUUUACACCAUGAAGGUUCAUGGGAACCUUGCACCAAACAGUAUCAUUCACCCAGCAAUAGGAGCUCACAUCCUAUCUUUGCAUCACAUUUGGUAAUUCUCACAAAGUUUUAAAUGCUGUUGCUGUUAUUAUGUCUGCUAUGGUGAUCUGUGAUUGGCUAACAGUUGAUACUGCCAUAGUCAUCUUCUAUUUUUUUUGAACUCUGUCCCUGUAAGACAGCGAGCUUAGUACAUUCAUAAAUAUUGUGUGAACUGUGUCUGCUCCACUGAAAAACUCCUCCCAUUACCCUUUCUUCCCUCUCCUUUACCCUGUCUUUUCUGAUAAUAGUAUUGAAAUGAGGCAUAUUAUCAAGUCAACAAUGACCUCUAAGUGUGGAAGCUAAAAGAAUAAUAUAGCUCUUGCUUUUAAACUCAAAGCUGGAAAUAAUUCAUCUCAGUGAGAAAGGCUUGGUCAAAUCUGGAAUAGACUGAAAGGUUGGUGUCUUAGCCCAGUUCAUAAACUAAUCUCUAAACAUUUAUUGGGAUUUCUUGAAGAAAAGUAGACUUAUCUCUUUCCAAGCACAUGUAAAGAAAGAGAAAGGUGACCCAUUGUUCAUAAGGAGGACUCUUUAGUGGUAUGGGUAGCAGAUCAAAACAUCCACAUUCCCUUAAGUCAUAAAGCUUAAUCCGGAGUUAGGACUGAACUCUCUUCCUCCCCCAGAGGUGGGCAGGGGUGAAAAUUCUGUAAGAGAGAGAUUUGAAGGUCGCAGAUCAGGUCCUGAAGUGAAGGAGAGGAGCUUGCUCUCCAACAGCAAAGUGAACAGUGAGGCAGCAGACACUGAUGUGUGGACCUCAUCCUGUUCUCCCACAGACCAAGUUAGGAUCGCACAUAAAGAUGGUUACAGUAAAAUGAAGUCUAGAUGAAAGCAAAGGGCCCUACUGUUGUCAGACAAGGUCUUUAGAACUUCCACACUCAACAGAAAGAAGCCAUCCUAACUCCAAAGCCUUAAAACAUAGGCUGCCUUUCUUGUUAGUGUCUAUGACACAAACAGCAACCUUCAGAUAAAGCCAAUACCCAAUGUUCAUGUACUAGUCAAAAAUCCUUAAGAAUCUAGUAAAUCUAUUCAGUCUAUAUAGAGAACAAGCAAGUCAAUUUUCAAUGUAGUCUAAUGAAUAUUUUAAGCCAAGUGUUGGUAUUUACUGAUCCUUCAAAUUCCUUUCAAAAUGUUACUGCUCAUUGGCAAGGCACUGGUCAUCCAAGAGCUCACAUGGAGAUGGAGAAGAAACAAAGAUGUUUUUAUGUUACUCAUGUCCGAAGCCUACUGUGUCCCAUAGACUACGAGUAACUUCACCUUUCAAGCCUUACUACUUAGGAGCUGUCUUUUAUAAGGUCAUGGCUGACAUAUAAAUGGGAUCUUCUGGAGGUUUGACAAAACACAUUAGAGGCAUCCUGGAAAAAAAAAAAACUUGUCAUUGUAGAAGCCAUUAAAAUCAUUCAUGAUUCAUGAAAACAGAUCAGGAUAUCAAUAUUAAUAUUCAUCUGGAAGAAUUGCUUUCAACUCUCAUGCAUAAUUUUGGCAGUUUGAAGACUUUAGUUGGGGAAGAACCUACAGAUAUGGUAAAACCACAAAGAAAUCGAAUUAGAUAUAGAAUUUAAAGAUUUUUAACUCAAUUACACCUCGUAACAUCAUUGCCAGAUAAACAAUUGCUCCUUAUAAGUGAGCCCUGAAAAGUGGUUUCUUUGGGUGAAAUAUACUCCUGGAGAAAGGUGCUGUGGGCAGGGAUGAGGUGAUAGUAGAGGGUUUACUUUUAAGUCAUUUGAUAAGUCAGCAGCAGAAUUGGAAAUGACUACAAAUUUGAAGGAAGAUACACUGUUUAUUAAAUGCUACCAAAGAGCAUCACACACUGCAGAGAAGCCUUUUGUAGACAGCAGGCUUCAUUGUCAUUUGAAGGAACCAAGAGCCAUCCAGCGAGUGUCAGCAACCACCAAGCUAGUCAUUAAACAACUCUCACGCCACAAACAACCAAAAAGAUGUGCGUCCGCUGAAAGCUCGGUUGCUAGCUGCCUUUUAUCAGCAAUAAAAUAUUUUUAAUACAGGUGUAUACAUUACUUUGAAGAAACUUAGUAAAGGCAAUCUAAACAUAACUUUAAUGUGCUCUGGGAAAGCGGAAAGUAUUCUUUUGUGAAAUCUGUGAUUUUCUUGUGAACUUUGCCUUACAAGAAGCACAGGCAGCUUCACUGGGGACAUGGAAGAAGUGUUACUGAUAUGGGUAGACAAUCAACUGAAUGCCCUCUCUAAAAUACACCUGUAAAAAUUAAAAAAAAAAAACAGUUGCAGCAGCAUUAUUGGUGACUAGAAAUUUUGUGAAGAUCCCUGUCAUCCCAUCAAGAUUCCAAACAAAAUCUAGCUAUGCAUUAAAGAAAUAUUCUAGAAAGAAUUUCAAAAAUAAAGAGCAGACUAGUCCUUUCAGCUUUUUUUUUUUGCUUAUGUUUUAGGAGGAUGUAAAAUGACCAGUUGUAUCUCCAGUAGAUUAAUCUUAUUCACUAAUUUGAUUAUUUAAACAAAAUGAAAGGUGCCCAACAGGUUCUGGGAGCUAAAAUCCCCUUAGUUAUUACAAACCCCUCCUAAAAACCCCUUGGCUUUAGUCACUAGUGUGAUGAAGUUGCUCUAACUAUGGAAUAAAUGUUGAGAACCAUGUUCCCAGAGAUUUUAUAUUAGUAAUAAAAUGCCAGAAUUUGACCAUAUACAACAGACUUUUUUAAAGGGGAAAAUAAAAUUUGAUUUCUUUCUAUAGAAAUAUGCUCAAAUGUAAUAGCCAUUUUUUGCAUCUUAUAAACUUUAAAUAAUCUAUUCUUUUAGAAAAGUUACAUAAUUAAUGGAAAAGGUAAGGCGGCACCCUUAUCUUUUAUGCAAGAACAGAUUUUUAUGAAGUGCUUACCUUUAAAUGAAAAGGCAGUCAAUAAAUAAUUCAAAUGUGCUCUAGUCUACUGCCAGUGGCCUUAACAUUUGUAUUUUUAUGUAGGUCCUUCUGUGUGCUUUUAAACUGUUUGCUGAACACUGGGUAUAGAUAAUGAGACCUUUCUGUCUCUAUAGAAGGGAGCCUAAAACAUUUAAUCCAAUAUCAUGAUUAAAAUUCAUUGGCAUUCCAAAAUGACACUAAGACACUUGGUAAAUAACCAAAAGAAAUAGUUGGGAAACACUAUGAGUGAGCAGUGGCUUUUAUGGUAACAAAGAGCUAUAUCAGAAAUGUGUUCAUCUGACUGAACCUGGUCUGCAGUGAGGUAUUAAGGCUUGAUUUGUUUGGAACGUCUUGCUCGGCUUAGGCGAGGAUAAUCUUAGGAAGAUGAGAAGCCUUCAGGGGCUCCUGACUCUUCUGCUGAAAGGCUCCAUGUCUCGCAGGAAAUAUUAGCAUCGUGUUAACAGUCCACAGGCUUUAAUUUAUUUUUCCCACGCAAAUGUGAUUAGUCUCUACUCCUCUACAGCUAUAAUUCACAAUGCCAAACUCUCUGGGAUUUGAGCAUGUUGUUUGCAAAUGCACUACACAUUCCUAAAGAAAAAUGAAGAGGCAAGGCUGAUGAAAUGGAAUACUCAUCAUCGCGCUAAUGUAGAUCCACCAUGUGCCUCCUAUGUUCUAUAAGUAUUACCUGCCCGGGAACCACUUCUGUCCACACCAUCUCUCUUCAAGUGGCUUAUGGCUUCCCCUAAGGUAUAGCACAAGCCUAUACAUUUACAAAAGAUGAAGGAUUUUACUGUUUUUAUUUAGUGUCAUAAUAACGUAAACAAAUAUAUCAUAGAUGUUUAAAGUUCACCGAUGUAUAUGGAGGAAAACAAUAUUCGAUGUAAAAUUUUGGAUUAUGGUUAUUUAAAAACUAACAUUUGCUAUGGCUAAAUUGUUUAUCAUAAGGAAUAAAAUGAAAUAACUUAUUGUAACAAGAGCCUCAUUUUAACUGCUUUUGUCAUCCUUUUUUUCUAUUUCUGUUGACUGGGUCCUUUUUCUCUGCACUAAAAAUAGAUAUGGACUCACAUUGACUUUUUAAUCCUGUCUCUCACCUGAUUUAAGGAAGCCUAUUUUACCUGUGAUAGCUAAAUUUCUGCUCUAUGAAAUAUACAUAAUAUGAUGGGUCUCAAUGGGUUUUCUGAAAACUAGAUGAAUAUAUGCAAAACUUCUAGUUUGGAGCCUGAGACUUGGAACAUAUACUCUCCAUAUGAGCCCAAAUUAAAUUUUAAAUAUGCAAUAAAAUAACA